AUGGGUCUCUUCACUGAAUACAACAGUUUGGUCCUCUGUUGGCAAACUUAUGAGACGGUUGAAGAAUAUCUACUAGUGAACUACUAUGGCACCAAAAGAGUCACUGAAGCACUUCUUCCUAUCCUUCAGCUAUCUGAUUCGCCAAGAAUUGUAAUUGUUUCUUCCUCUGCAGGGAAGCUACAGAACAUCUCACACACCUGGGCCAAGGAAGUGCUAAGUGAUAUUGAUGGCCUCACAGAAGAGAGAGUGGAUGAGGCAGUGAACAAGUUUCUACAGGAUUUCAAGGAGGGUUUAAUGGAGACUCAAGGCUUGUCUGCCUAUAAUAUGUCCAAAGCAGCUUUGAAUACCUACACAAGGAUUGUAUCAAAAAAGUUUCCCAAAUUCCAAAUAAAUUGUGUCUGCCCAGGUUACGUCAAAACUGACUUCAACUACAACACAGGGAACUUAACUGUUGAAGCAGUUGCAGCAGGUCCUGUACAGUUGGCUUUGUUGCCUGAUGAUGGUCCUUCUGGGCUAUUCUUUUUCCAGAAGGAAGUGACUUCCUUUUGAUUGAAUACUGUCCCAGAUUAUUAUUUUUUUCCUGGUUGGUGGUUGGGGAUGAAGAUCAUCUUAUUUUGGUUGAAUGUUGUUCAAGAUUGUCUUCUUGAGAUAGAAUAGAGCUAGAACUACCUUGUUUCCAU